GAAAUUAAAAAACCAAAGUUGUUUGAAUAAAGAAGCACUUGGAAAUGUCUUUACCUGGAGUUCUCUUAAGGACAAUUGUAACAGCAUGGUCGUCAUGGAACAGCCAAGCUCGUGUAAACCACUUCGAAAAAACCCGAGGUAUGACAUUGUCACAAAACCAUCACAAAACAAUCGGUCCGUCCAUAACAUAACAUAUGAAGAACGACUCGAUGGUUUCACAAUCACAGCGUGGGUAAAAUAUGAGAAGAACGCGUCGCUGAAACUGAACGCAGAACUUCAGAAAUUUCUUGACUACAAAAAUGAUUCAGGGACCAGCUUGCUCUCAUUUUAUCUUACGGCUGAAAGUCUCGCGUUGGAAAUAGAUGGAGGUGAAAAAAGGCAAGUCGCUACGAGAAAUUAUAUCACUUCAUGAGAUUUUUUUAGAUUUUAGUUCCAAUGAGCAAACUUGCUUUACUUAUGCAUACUGAAAGGAAGCCGAUUGCCCUAACGAAAGGUUGCCGUUUUCCUAAUGUAAAUUCUAACAUUGAUUUACUCAGUCGUAUAGCUACUCGUAGUGAUUCAUUACAAGGUAAUUUAAAAACUGACGAAAAAGCAAUCCAGCUUUUACUGUAGACGUUUUUAUACGUAGCUAUAAAUGUUUACAACCUCUAGAGAAGCAAGGAUUCCAUGGUUUUGGAACGAAUCUCCAGCGUACUGGCACCAUAUUGCUACCACAUGGUCAAGUGAUACAGGACACUGGAAGAUAUAUCUAGAUGGUUCAUUGGUCUCCAUUAUGCAUGAUGUAGCUACAAAUAUUAUCAUUCCUGCAGGAAGACAACUUUACUUCCAAUUAAAUGGAUACGAGAACAGCUCUCAAAGUAGACUCAAUAUCUGGAACUAUGAAAUUGAUGGACAUGCUUUAUCAUUGAUGGCAAACAAAGGACCAUUGUUUGAAAACGGUAAUGUCUUUGCGUGGUAUGGAAUAAAAUCGAAGGUUGAAAAAGAUAAUUCUAUAGAAUUCCAAGAAACGCCGGAUGAUCUACACAAUUCUCGAACAGAGUCUAUGUUUCAGAUGACUUUUCUUGAGGCUUCAAAAGAAAACUACGUCAAGAUAGAAAACGUCUUUACCUACCAAAUCUCGGUCUUUUCCCUUUGUUUUUGGGCGAAAUUCCCGGCUACAAAUGAGGUGUCUAGCAUAUUUGCCUACUCCACUAAGAGUAAUUCAGACGAAAUCUGGGUGCAUUACGAUAAAAAGGAAUCAGAUUUGGUCUUUUUUCUCAAUUAUGAUUCUUCGCGUGUGGUGGAUAAGAGAGAGAAGGUGUUGACCCCUGAUUCGUGGCAUUUCUAUUGCCUGCAGUGGAGAAGCACGGAUGGUUUGCACGAGAUAUAUCAAGAUGGGAAAAAACUGGGGACGAGUGAUAACGGAACCAAGGAUUACAUUAUACCUGCCAACGGUACCGUAGUUCUUGGUCAGGAAAUGGAUUCUCAUGGCGGGGGUUUUCAAAGUCAUCAAGCGUUUAAAGGAAGCCUCGCAGGGUUGAAUCUCUGGAGGCAAUUUUUGACAGUCAAUGUUAUUCAAGGAAUGGCAUCUGGGGUCAUCAAUGUUAACGGAAAUCUUCUCCAAUGGAGAGAUUUCAGAACCAAACAUUUGUUUGGUAACGUGACUAUACGGAACGGAUCCGAAGCAGAGAUUCCAGAAUAUCGAGUACAGCAUCUGCGAGAUGAAUGGUGUGAAAAAAAGUUCAAAGAAACCGUUAUCUAUGCCAGAUUUAUCCGCGGUCAGGGCACGAAUGGCUACAAGUGGAGAUGCGUUCAGCCGGCGGCCAUGUUGGAUGAGAAUAUGUGUUACAAUAUCACUAAGAAUUCAUCCUUGAACCAAACUAAGGCAAUGGAAGAAAACCUUUUGGGAAUUAAUUGAGAAUAAUCCCUUUACCAUAACAUUACAGAAGAAAGCCCAAAU